UUGUGGUUAUGGCUCCUGGCUCCUGAUAUCUAUUUUUUUAUUCUAGAUUCUAGCAUGACUUGCAAAAAUUUAAUGAAAGGUUGGAUAAAUGCUGCACAUACUUGGAAUAUUUAAACAUUUGACGGGAAUUAAAAAAAAUUAAAAUGCCGCAGGAAACCAAAAAGAAUGGGAAACUUGCUCCUUUAUCCCCAUCACCUUUGCAUGACAUCUCUGAUGACGAAUUGGUUAGUAUUUCGGUGAGAGAUUUAAAUAGACAGCUGAAAUUGCGGGGACUCUCCAGAGAAGAAAUAGUACGAACAAAACAAAGGAGACGAACAUUAAAGAAUAGGGGAUAUGCUGCAUCUUGUCGAAUUAAAAGAAUAGAACAAAAAGAUGAGCUGGAAACUGAGAAAUCACAAGAAUGGAGAGACAUGGAAAUUAUGCAGGAAGAACUUCAUCAAAUGAGAGACGAAAUGACAGGAAUUAAAAGUCGAUAUGAAGCGCUGAAGCGGUUUGCUACUGCUAAUAAAAUUCCCAUUCCACGAGAAUUAGAACACUUAUAAUAUCUCCGAUGCAUUUUUUCUUUAGUAUUAUACUGUACUGUCACUUGUUUUAAAGAGAAAGCAGUAAUUACAUUUAAUUAUAAAAAGUUUUAGUAAAUAUGUUUCUGAUGUCUAAUUGCUCCAAGUAUUUAGAGGAGAUUUUCUAAGUCAUGAUAAAUUGCAAUUUCUUCUAAACCGUAUUUGGAUAAUUUUAAAGAGUGAAGUGGGGAAAAGUAGAUAAUACUUUUUCAGCAGUGGCGACUCGUGAAAAUUAAAGUACCUAUACUCGGCGGCCGAAAUUAUAAAGAAUGACUUGUACAUAAUAUAAAAACACUAUUACC